UGGAUCUGUUCAUAAAAGACAAUGCCGUAGUACGCGUUGCAUCCUUCGCCAACGUCUGCAUUGCGUCGUUGGGUGUGCCAAGAGCAAACGCCGUGCGCGAGCCUCCGGCGGUAUAGCUCCGGGGAUCCAUUGUCCUUCUUCCCCACACGGCGUUUUUGUAGCUCGGCAGUGACAACAACGCACAAUACUCGAAGACCGCAAGUCACGUGUACGGUCGAGAUCCGACACCUAUCCCACGCAUUUCACGGGUAUCGACGCUUGCCGGCGAGCUGUCCAACGUCCUCGAAACAAUGGAUGGUGGCCGAGGCUUGAGAGGUGGCGAUGGACGGUACGGACGGACAAGAGCGAGGAGCUUCACGUCGGUGCACGACAGGUCGACGAGCCCUCCACGUGUCAUGCCAUAAAGACAAGGCCGAGAGUCCUGACGCCCUGGUGGUCAUGGGAGCCCCAGAUGAACGCGUCGAGCACAUCAAGGGUGCCCCGCCCCGGGUCGUAUGAGGUGGGCGUAGCACAGUUCACUUUCGGUGCACUGCCCAACGAAGAAACAACGCGACGAUCUCCUGGUUCGGUCCCAACUGAAGAGUUUCGGAGUGCUUCAUGGAUGAGAGCAGACACGUGCUGUACGCAUGGACAUUCGUCGUGGUGCAUGAUGUGCUCUGCAAUGGCGAAAUCGCUUGGCCAGCCGCGUCGGAUCCGACGGCCGAGUUGGUGGCAUUUCCCUAGCUCGUUUUUUCAGCAGAGGCGGUCGAGGAGCUGGAGGCGAGAGCGGCUUCAACUGUUGGUCAGUCGGCAAAUGGAAUGCAAGUCGAGCGGCGAUCUUUAUGUUGACGAAACGACUUGACCACGCAAAGCAAAUACAGCCAUGCCAUGCACGUGUGGUCUUGGUUGUACAUCCAUCCACAACGAGUACCUCCACCGCUUUCAGCAUGGGCAAGUCCGACAUCGUGCGAUCGUUCUUGGUAUGGCACGCUGUGCCCAUAGCCAGCACCAACGCGUCGGUUCAUGCACACUCUAUCGGAUGCUGCGUAGUGUUGCAGGCGUUGGGAAUUGCCAGUGACAUUGACGCGAACAACGCAGCGCUUUGCUUUUCUCUGACCUUUGUGCUUGAGUUCUUUCACGUGGCGCCACCUUUGUUUAGGUUGCACUGGUGCCGGCAACUCGGUCCUGUUGAAAACAACUGC